AAAAACGUCGACUGCACCAACGCCCAGUAGGACUGUUCAACAUAUAAUUCAACGACCUACAAGGCACAACAGCUACAAUCUACAAUUCUUUAAAAAUCUUUACACUUGUGUGGUUUAUAGACUGAUUAUUAUAUUUUCUUGACUAAAACAAUGGCGUUCCUUCAACGCAUGCGCUCGGCUGUGCGGCCAUUUGCUACUAAUGCUCGCUGUAUUACGGGCCCAAGAGAUACGGUCCAGAAAGCGGUUUUCAUUUCGCAGUCCAAUGACGUCUACACCAAUCUAGCAUUGGAAGAAUGGCUCAACCAGAACAUGGACUGCAGUAAUCUGCACGUCAUGCUGUAUUACAAAAAUGAUCCCUGCGUCGUGUUAGGGAAAAAUGGAAAUCCGUGGCUGGAUGUUAAUACUUCAGGUGUGGCCUUGGCGAGGCGACAAACUGAGGGGGGCAUUCAAUAUCAUGAUCAAGGUGUCAUGAAUCUUACAUUUUUCGGACAAGAUGUGCCACAGACUUAUAAUCUGAGCCUCCUGUCAAGGGCAAUGUUCCGGAAGUACGGCGUUUCAGUUGAGCACAAUGGCGAAAAUCUGAGUUUUUAUGAUAAGCAGGUCUCGGAAAGCGGAUCUAUUGUAGAAGUGGAACACGCUCGCAAUUCCUAUCAAACGUGCUCGUUGUUUGUGGACGUCGACAAGAAAAACUCUUCCUAUUCACUGGGAAAAGAUAAAAUUUUGUCUCGCCGCAAUAUCAUGAAUCUGUCCGAGAUUGCACCAUUGGCAACAACCGAUGGGUUACUCUCAGCAAUUGGUUGGGAAUUUAUGCGCACUCCUGUCGGCACCCUACAAGAUGGUGGUGAGGCAUUCGCACGCAAACAGCGCGGUUUUCAGAUGAUCAAUCCCACUGAUGAUUGGUUCCCCGGCUUGAAAGAAAUCCGAGAUCGUCUGGUUCAGUGGGACUGGCGUUUUGGUAGCACUCCCAAAUUCUCCAUCUUCCGCACUUUCCAGGUUCCCUCUCCAUUGCUCACCAAUCCAUCUGAAUCGAAUGAAUUGCGUGUGAAACUUGACGUCGAACAUGGUCGUCUGGCGGAUAUCUCUCUAGUGGUACCGCCCGGAUUGCUUACCAGUGGGUAUACCGGAGAGGCGCAAAUCAUCACCGAUAUCAGGGGACAGCAAUUCUCUGCGGAAACAUUGAAGAAAAUCGAGCAUUUCCUUGGACUUGAGAAGUGUCACAAUGAGCGCGAAAAGUUCGUCACCGAAUGCGUCAAGAAAGCAAUGGUUAUUUGAAAAGAUUAAUUACAUUAAUUAAUUUUAGUCGUUUUAUUCAAUAGACAUGUGAUGGGUAGUAUUUUAGGUUUAACUUUAGAAACACACGAGAAACAAAAGGAAUUCUUAUUAUUAGGGUUAAUUUGUUUAUUUUACUGGCAUUGAUUUAGUAAUUUUUAGCUGUUGUGCCUUUGUAUCUUUUAAUUGCUUAGUAUUAAACUAUUAUAGCUUA